AUGUUGGGGUAGCUUUCGUAUCGUAUCAAACACAUCCGUGUGGUCCGUAUUUGUUAAUGUUUAAUGUGGCCAUUCAGUAUAUAUUGUAACCACCGAGCAGUGUAUACGUCGUCGUUGUGCAGAACGGUCUGGCGGUGAGCGUUUGGUGUCUUAUCUGGGAUGUUGUACAUAUGAUUUGAUUUUGGUGCAUCAGAAGGUGUUACCGCACGUGACCCAAGUGCAUUUGUACGAUUAGUGCUGUGUGUAGAUAACACUUACUAGUGAUUGUUUGUGCAUGCGAAAAAACAGUGUGUAUCGUGACAGAGACGCUGUGAUAUUGGCCAAAGAAAAAGCUAGUUUUGUGCAUUAAAACGAUUUAAUUCAUUAUUGCUGGAUUGAAGUUUUGCUCAGAAUCAAGAAUCAAUCUAACAGAGUGGCUUUAUAGAAUGAGCAACCUUGAACCACAACCACAACCGUUGCAGUAUAAUAUGACCGGUGACACGGAUACGACAGAUGAGGCGCCGGGACGCUUGGCAGAAGGUGGUGAGCUUAGUGGCAAUACAGUGCCCAACGUGGAGCUAGCGAUGGCACCAGCAUCUGAUGUAAUGUGCAGAAGUACGAAAACCAGCAGCAAUGCCAACUCCUUCCGCAUUGAAGCCCUGCUGGCUAGCAAGGAGCACGAGAACAACAAUAGUACAGGGGCUGAUUUAUCACCGGCACGCUCAAAGACGAACAACCUGGACCUGAUCGCGGAUGGGUUUAAUCCGAGCGAUGAUCGCCACUCAAGAUCCGAAUCGACCUUCUCUUCCGACUCCUGCUCAUCGAUCAAUCCUGGCAGUGUGGAGCCGCAGGAUAUAGACGAUUGUGCAAUGAAUCAAAUGGCCAAAUCGUCCUCACCUAACCAACACGACUAUCUGCCGUUCUACAAUCUCUGCCCAUCGCAGGUGAUCUUCACAUCGAACGCGUCCACCUUCGACACACAUCCGGCCGUCUGCAAUAAAAGCAUACCGGUUGACGCUGGGAACCGGUUCCAUUUCAUGCAGCUACCUCAGCUAGAGCUUCUAAGGCACCACAACAUCUACUAUCCUCGAAUCACGGAGCUUACAGGACAAAACUCAGUAUACGGAAAAGCGCGACGGCCCCGGACAGCGUUCACCUCCCAACAGCUGCUCGAGCUGGAAAAGCAGUUUAAAGUGAGCAAAUAUUUGUCGCGACCGAAGCGGUACGAGGUGGCCAACAAUUUACUGCUCUCUGAAACCCAGGUUAAAAUUUGGUUUCAAAAUCGGCGCAUGAAGUGGAAACGAUCCCGGAAGGUGAACGAAUCAAAAAAGUACAGCAACAAUAGCAACAACAGUGGCAGCAAUAACAACAACACCACCACCACCAACAGCAGUAGCAGCAGCAGCAGCAGCAGUAACAGCAGCACCAACGGCAGCAGUACCGGUAGUAACAGCAACAUUAGUAACCAUAGUAACGGCCCGCUCGGGUCCAGUAACGUUAACAGCGCACACAAUGGAGGCGGCACCGGUGGCUCCCUGUUGCACGGAAGUGGCAAUAAAACGUCCACCGACCACCAAGGCGCGGAUGGUGGUCGUCCCUUCAAUCGAUCAGCCGGUGACCCGGGAAGGACCGACCACUGUGCGAGUGGUAUGGUGAGCAAGUUGUCCUGCAUCCUGGAUCAUCCGAAGGAUAAGCGGGACAGUAAUGGCACCGGCAAACAGCACGCGACGGCAGCGACGGCGGCGGCGGCCCUCUUUGUCAAUCAGCAGUUUCAGCAGACGGUCGGGGGCGUUGGAGCGGGCAGCCCGAACGACAUCGUUGGCGUCGGGCCAGCGUUGUUUGCAUGCGAUCCACCGAAUGGAUUAAGUUUUCGGCCUUAUGUAACGUAAACGCGGGCGAGGAUGGUCAGCGUGCGAAACAGAAACAAAAGCAAGCUAAGAAAAAACGAUAAAAAAGGUAACGCAGAAACCACAGCUAUCCCUUCCCGUUGCUCCCUUGGCCCAAAUGUGGGCAACAGAAAGUGUCUACACUCUGACAACUUGAUAGGAGGAUUAAGUUAGACGUGGAUAAAUAAAAUAAUGAUUGGAAAU